CCGCUCUAGGCAAACAUAGCUGUACGCCUGCGCACCGCACGUAGCAACACUCCGCGGCAGCAAAGAAACCGACGGAUUGUUUGUGCGCAUUUUUAGGACGAAAAGAGAUAAAUCACCCUAAACAGACUCGUAGGAAUCAUGGGGAGUGUGUUCCUGCCGGCGGACGCGGCCCACUCGGUGCUGCACCGGCUGCGCAGGGCCAACUUCUUGCUGGAGGAGAUGAAGCAGGGUAACAUCCAGAGAGAGUGCCGCGAGGAGAUCUGCACCUAUGAGGAGGCCCGCGAGGCUUUCGAGAACGACGAGAAGACGAGACGGUUCUGGGAUGAGUAUGUGCGUGAGAGCAGUCCAUCUGGAGGACUGGAGACAGUGGUUGGAGGAGUCCACUCUCUCUACUUGAUCGUGCCAUUGCUGGUGGUUGUGCUCAUCGUUGUCGCCGUAGCCAUCACUGUGUGGCGCUACCACUCCCGCAAGCGAUCGCAGCGCAGCCCCAGCCUGGGACACUCGCAUAACGACCACGUCCUGUCAGUGGUGUCUAUGGACCAUUGGGGGAGGGACUCAGAACUCAGCGUCCACAGCAGCCCAGCUUAUCCAGGCUCAGAGCUCAUAUCAGGAAGAGGAAGUGCUGGAGAACCUCCACCAUCUUAUGAAGAGGCUGUGGGCCAUGCAGACGUCCAAAUAGAGACAGAGCCACCUCCACAGUAUGAGGAUAUAGUCAACACUAGCUCUACUAGUGUCAGCGGUGCCCAUGGGAAGUAAACCUGUCUCUCACUACUACCCCAACAAAAGCCCUAACCUACACUAAGACCAUUGGAUCAUUUAGCAAUAUCACUGUUGUGCAUCACCAGCCUUCCCCAUUCAACACAUUCAGAAAGACUAUUAACUGUCUGGUCAAUGGACUAAUGCAAUCUUUGCCUGAGCCAGCGCUGUGGAAACUUGCACUAACCUUUUCAUCAUUGAGGUGAAGUGAAAGCAAGAAGGAUGUUGCAAUACCAAAACCAACCAACCUCUGCUGAUUUUCCUCAAGUUGCAGCUAUGCUGUCACACUGUAGUAAAUCAUUUAACUCAGCGGGCAUAAAAAAUGUUGCACGUGGAGUAAAGAAAAGGUUUCUGAUUGCCAUAAUGACAAUUAUUCAAUAGGUCUAUACGGGGGCUGGAUCGAUGCUUUAUUGUAGUUUAGUGCCAAUUUAUGAGUCUUAAGUGGCCAGUAGCAGAUAUUUUGCAACACUUUUUAAUACCUUUUUAAAUUUUAUCUCUUCGUUGUCAAAAAAUAAGAAUUGUGUAUAUUGCAUACUUUUAUAGUGUAAUAAUGUUAUAAAAGCAAUAGACUAAUGAAUAUCUUUCUCCAAUCACAUCACAUUGUGACUCAUAAAAUAACACACAUAUGAGACUAAAACAAUUAAAAACAGAGGUGUGAAGUACUGCUUCGGCUUGUCCUGAACAGCUGCUGGAAGUUUGACAAGAUACCAGAUGUCACUGUGUUUGCUGUCUUUGAAGCCCUGAAGCUUCAACUGUUUUUCUGCACAAAUAGAAAGACAGACAGACAGGCUUUAUCGGCUCAUCCCUAGCCUAACCUGUAAGCAAACAGUUCUGUAGUGCAAUAGUAACUUGUUAGCUCUGCUUGGUUGAACCGACUCCUGAGGGAAAUAUCUGGGUCAUCAGUUUGCUAAAAACAAAAAAUGUCUUUGCCAGACAUUCAUUUACGUUUUGCAAUUUUGUUCUGGGCAAGUAGUUGUGAUUUGCUUGUCUGGGCUUGUUAACUGUAAAUGAUCUAUGAAAAUGAUCACUUAUUGCAGGUUUAAAUAGUCAGGUUGUCAAACAAAGGCAUCGGUCCAGCUUUAGUAUACACUUGUGAAUGUUUUUGGAAUUUAAAAUUCAAGAUAAGACCAGCGGUUAUAAAGGGGGAGCGCUGAAAUGUGUUUCAUGUACAGUAUGUGUGCCAUAUGUGCUUAUAUUUUGGAAAUGCAUGCAGUUUGGUCUGUACACCUGAGCUUGGAUCUGGCUAUGCACUUUUUGUUGAGGGUCAGUGCUUGCUUUCCCAUGUCCCUUUCUGGGUUGUUGACAGUUGCUCAGAGCCUGCUUUAACUGUGAAAAUCUUCCCCUACGUUUUCCCCUAAAGCUAAUCUAACCGUGUUGGCUACAGAGUCUUCUGCUGCGCCACUUUACCCAAAAGCACUCUGAGUUCUUCAAAUAUGUUUGCAGCUACACCUUAAAUGUAAGCUGUAGAGGGAUUUACACAGGGUUGUGUGACAGAAAGCAAUAGAAACAGAAGCUUUGGGAAAAGAGGUAUCAGAAGGGAGGUUCUGUAUUUAACGACACUAUGGACAGAGUUCACAUUCAACAUGUGUGUAAUGUACCUGAAUAUAAAUAUGUAUAGUCUAUACGUGUGGAAGUAAGUUACAUUAAUAUUAUUUUCUACUGCAUAGGAAUGUAGUGAAUGCAUUGACACUAGUGUAACUAUUAUACAGUAGGCCGUGGAUAAAUGAAGGCCCUUUGUGUUUAUGCUCAAACUGCAGUGUUUGAUUAAAAUCAGGAUAGUCUGGUUUGACGUUUUCAGCGUCACUCUCAGACAGUACAAUGUUACUGUAAUACUUGGAGGGGGAAAAGUGCUCAUACUCUAUAUGGAGUGUUUUUGCAUACACUCUCAAAACCAAAUAUCUUCGUCUAAUGUUCACGGAUACUAAUACAUGUUACAUUUCCUGUCUACACCUCACAGACUUUGAGCACUGAUUAUUAUUAUACAUUUUUUGGGAGUUGACCUGUGAACCUCUGCACUUGCUAUGACCUUAAACUGAGUUGUGCUAGCCAUUUUGGUUAGGUCACUUGUACUCUUACUUGUUUUUUUUGUGUUUUAUACAAUGCCUUAUCAAACAAAAUGUUAUAUAACAAAUGCAAAAUAACUUGUUAUAAAUCAUUUAUAUGUGCAGAAGCUUGAAUUAAUUUGUAAUAAAAGAAAAAAGGUGCAA